CUCGUCCGGGGUUUCCAUAGGCCUGUCUAACAAAUAAUCGUGCGGCAUUUCCAUCGUACACGUAACCUCACCGGAGAGUACUGUCUGAAGCCUCGGAACCGCUCGCGUCAAACACACGCUUCAGUCGGUUAGUCGAAAGCGAUAAAUCGUCCGCGAGCAGCUGAGGGAGUGAUUUGGAAGCACUGUGUGCAGUGUCGACUGGAGCCGCGCUCCUUUCUGUCGGUCGAGUUGGCAUUCUACUGGAGAGAGGAACACCAGAAUUCGCUUCCACAUCCACCCGAUAAGCUGGAGAUCAGUGUUUGUCUUUGACGUUCGAAUCCCUGAAGCAAUCGUGCGGUGAGCGAGCACGGUUUCUAUCCGCUGCGAACUGCCGCUAUUGAGCUCACGACCAUGGAGCCCGCACAAGAACUCAAGUGGAGUUCCUUUAGUCUCACUCACGUCCAGUAUCCCUCUGGCGAUCUCCUUGGUAAACUCCUUGCGUUUAUUUCUCUCACGCCAUUGGCUAUCGCAGUAUGUUUGUUCACAUUGAUAGCUUUCCGGAGGGAUAUGCAUACGAUAUUCUUCAGCAUAGGCCUUAUACUAAAUGAAGCUGCGAACUACACGCUGAAGCACAUUAUACGCGAGCCGCGACCCCUGAAACGUAGCGAAGAGAUGACGGUAGAGUUCGGGAUGCCCUCAAGCCACUCGCAAUUCAUGUGGUUUGUGGCAACCUACCUCAUGUUUUUCAUCACGUUCAGGCUUCAUCACGGUUCGAACAACAACUCGAUAUUCGAGGGCGUGUGGCGCUACUUUCUCAUCAUUAACGGCUACUUGUGCGCCGCGGUCGUGUGUGUUUCUCGGGUUUAUCUCGAGUAUCACACGAGUUGGCAAGUGAUCGUCGGAGGUUUAUUGGGCUCCGUGUUCGCGUGUGGCUGGUUCGCCAUGGUGCAACUAGUCUUCACGCCUUUGUUCCCUAUAAUCUGCUCUUGGCCUAUCUGUGAGCUGCUGAUGCUUCGGGAUACGACGUUGAUCCCUAACGUUAUGUGGUUCGAAUAUACCUGUUAUCGAUCAGAAUCGAGAACACGCCAGAGGAAGCUGACAUCAAUGAAAUCGCAAUAGAAUUCUCCCUUGGAAGCCGAUCAAUCAGGUUCAGCUCCACACUCUCACUUGGCGCGUCAAAGCGUCGAGUUUCAGCAAUGCUCAAGAGCAUGGACCUCGGACGAUCCGGAUAUCCGUCCCUCGUGAGGAGCUCCGAACGGGGGUAACAUUCCUGGCAGUGGUCGUCAGAGAUACGCAUCGACACGGAAACACUCUCCAGCCGAUCAGAGAUCAUCAUUUUCCACCUCUCACAUAAUAGGAUUUUAUCAAUUCUUAGUCAAUGAAUGGAACUACUUAGGAUUUAGGCACAAUUUCUUCAUUCUGUAUGAGACCAGUAUUCGUCAGAGAUAUCUCUCUCUGUCUAUAUGGUGAUCCCCACUGACACUUAUCGUCAUUAAAAGGCAGCUCAGCUACUCGGCUUGGGACAACGGCUUUGUGUGUUUUGGCAAACGCGUUGUCAGGCGUCCAUCCAUGUCGUCCGCCUGAGUGCAAUAUUGGUAUUUCCUCCUGAAGCGCCGCCUCUCGGAAGAUACGAUUGGUGCAUUGAUUGGUACUCCGGUGAAAAUUCGUUGAAAUCCUCCAGGAGACUAGUGACAGUUUCAACACGUCGAGUUUUUCUACUCAAAUUAAAUAAAAGAGUUUGACUGUUUAUGAU